AUGUCGCGCGAACUAUCAAGUACACAGGACAUUUUCACCGAGAAACAGAUGGACCAUAUUAUAAGUAAAUGCCUGGACGUGCGGCGCUCUGACAGCUGCCAGGUAAUAGCCUGCGACCGGCGGCCGGCAAGCGCGGGUCUGGCCGGCUUCCUGGGCGACCAUGCUCGCGUCACACUGCACGUGAAGAGCAACGGCCACGUUAAGAAGAUCCGACUCUUCGUGAAGACCAUGCCCGCCUCCAACGCUCCCAAGGCGCAGUUCAUUGACACGAACUGUUACUUUAAGAGAGAAGCGGUAGCGCUGCGACUGGCGGAAGAAAUGCGAGGAGCUGAUGGUCCGAAUCCGUGGACUGUCCGAGCGUACCUGAGCAAUGAGCGUAUGGUGGUGAUGCCGGACAUGGCGGCUCAGGGCUACAGGACCCUGCAGUACUGCGAGACGCUGUCGCUGCCGCACGCGCUGCUGGCUGCUGCAGCCCUCGCGCGCUUUCACGCUGCUUUCGCUAACUACGCCGCCGCGAGGACGGCGCGCGACGGACGCCCUUAUAACUUCUUGCAGGAGUAUGAGGACAUCAUGACGGAGCCUACUUUUUGCGAUUCGCCCUGGCUGAAAGCGGCCGCCAAACUCAGUUGCAAUCUUCUAAAGACAUUUUCUAACAAAUUUGAGCAGUACCCGCCAAACCUUGAGCAGUGCCUCGCGCAGCGAUACCUGGAGGCGUGCGCCACUCUCGCAGAGCACGAGGGCACGCUCAACGUGAUGCUGCACAAGGACAUGUGGGUAAAUAACAUUAUGUAUAAGUACGAGGGCGAGGUGCCGACCAACGCUCUGCUGAUAGACUUCCAGUGUCUGCGCUAUGGCCCGCCCGCUUUCGAUCUCAUGGUGUUUCUGUAUUUGACGACGGAGCGUGAGUUCAGGGAGAGGUACGAGAAGGAAAUAAUUCGUCACUACUUCGCCGUUUUCUCGGAGACGUUGGACGAAACGACGAAGGCCGGAUUGAAAGGUUUGAAGUACGACAUGGAGGAGUUGGUGCGGUGGUGCGAGAGGAGCCGGAUGUUCGGCAUGUUCAUGGCGCUGGGCAUAUUCCCGUACGUGCUGAUGGACCCGCUGUCAGCGCAGCAGACGUUCGACGAUGCCGCCACGUUCGUGCGGUAUUGCGACGAGGACCGCAGCGCGCCGGUGCUGUCGUACUGCCGGCGCGACCCCGCCUACUUGCGGCGACAGCUGCAUCUUACCGAGGAGUUUGUCGAGCGCUAUCUCAUACAGUACACGACAUCAACAUCACGCAAUGUACCUACAUAGUCUUCCGCCGUAAAAAACGAAUGGAACUGUCAUCUCUUUGAACGCGUAUCAUGGGAUCGUAAUCAUUUAAC